ACAGAGCAAAAGACUUUUUUAUUGGCCUACAAGAAUCGACCCGACCCAUUCAAAUUUGUGAAUUUGCGAAUCGUGCGGAUUGAGGAUUCCCAAAAGAAAACACCAUUAUUUUCUUUCUAUAUCCAAUCCAAAUCAAUUGCGCGUGUGUGCCUAAUUGGUUUAAAGUAUAUUUUAAAAAGAACCAAGUCUAAGACAAAAUCAUUAUCAAUAACAAAUGCAGUGCAUAAAAUAAGAAGUGUAGUCAUAAAAUUAAUCGGAAAAUAUUGCUCAAAGAUCAUUGCAUAAAAUAAAAAUUGCAAAGAAAUAACAAACAUUCAAGAUGCGUGUCGUUGCCAUGGUUAGUGGUGGAAAAGAUAGCUGCUAUAAUAUGAUGCAGUGCGUUGCAGAGGGACACGAAAUUGUUGCGCUGGCAAAUCUUCACCCAAAGGAUAGAGAUGAGCUUGAUAGUUUUAUGUAUCAAACUGUCGGUCACAUGGGUAUUGAAAUACUUGCCAAAGCAAUGGGACUACCUUUGUAUCGACGAGAAACAAAAGGCAAGAGCACACAAACCGGCAAAUAUUAUGUACCCACUGAUGAUGAUGAGGUUGAAGAUCUCUACACUCUUCUGGAAGAGACAAAGAAAGAACUAAAUGUUGAAGCUGUUGCUGUGGGAGCUAUUUUAUCUGAUUAUCAACGAGUGCGCGUCGAAAAUGUGUGCAGCCGCUUGAAUCUAGUGUCGUUGGCCUAUUUAUGGAGGAGAGACCAGACUGAACUUUUACAAGAAAUGAUCGAUUGUCAUGUUCAUGCAAUAAUAAUCAAGGUAGCAGCAUUGGGUUUACUCCCUGAUCGUCAUUUGGGAAAAUCUCUACGUGAAAUUCAACCCCAUUUAAUUAAAAUGCGGGAUAAGUACGGACUUAAUGUGUGCGGUGAGGGUGGUGAAUACGAAACCUUUACUUUGGACUGUCCACUUUUUAAACAGAAGAUUUUUGUUGAGGAUGUCCAAACUAUUAUCAGUUCUAAUGAUCCUGUGUGCCCGGUGGGCUACAUAAAUUUUACCAAAUUGAGUCUCCACCCAAAGGAUCACUUACAUUCGUGUGAUAUGCUUGUGAAAAAAUCCCUCGAUUAUAUAAGUGACUUAAAUGAAUCAACCUAUAGUGACCUCAGUGAUCCAGAUUUGAGUGAAACGGAACUUGAACUAAUAGAGAAAGAGACCCGAUUGCGUGAAUCUCUGAGUCAAAAUGAGCUUAUAUCGCGAAGUAAUUCGUUUGGGAGAAAAAUUGCAUCCUCAUCUCCAAUUCCAAUUCUAACAAAAAGUGCCAGUGUUGAAGAGCCAACCAUUGGUUCGAUUACACUAGCGACAAGUAUCCCAAUGACUCUACCACCGAGUCCAAUGAUCUUCGAACGGGAAUUCCGUCCUCUCACAAAUAGUCCAGUGGUUGCAAUUAACCGGAAAGGCUGGAUGUGGGUAGCUGGUAUACAAGGAUGCGCUCCUAAUCUCGAAGAAGGGAUGACCAACGCCAUGACGCAGUUAAAGACAAUGGCAAUUGAAAAUGGCUAUGAGAUGAGUGACUAUUGUUUUGUGACAGUCUAUGUGAGAUCUAUUGCCGAGUACCUGACCCAGAAUCGGAUAUAUGCUAAUGCAAUGAAUUUCCAAAAUCCUCCAACGCGAGUGUGCGUCGAGUGUCCGUUGCCUGAAGAUUGUCAUGUCGUAAUGGAAGCUGUAGCCUUUCGACCGGAACAAAAUGAGGGACGGCCAAAAGAGAACAACAACAACACUGUGAAGAGGCAUACAAUGCACAUCCAAGGAAUCUCACACUGGGCACCGGCCAAUAUUGGUCCUUACAGUCAAUCGACAAAAAUCGAUGAGAUAACGUAUAUAUCUGGCCAAGUGGCCCUAGUACCUGGCAGCAUGACAAUCAUCGAUGGAGGUAUCCGUCCACAAUGUAAACUAGCCUUAAGACAUAUAAGUCGGAUUGCAAAAGCAAUGAAUGCUCAGGGACAACUACGCGAUGUAGUGCAAGGAAUUUGCUUUGUUACCCACCCUGCAUUUAUUUCUGAAGCUCGACGACAAUGGGAGCGACGCACAACGAAUGCUAUAAUGGAUUACAUUGUUGUGCCGGCGCUGCCUAGAAAUGCUCUGGUUGAAUGGCAAGUCUGGGCACAUACGCACAACGAUAGUUUUGAUUAUGAGGAGACUGGUUGUUCAGUAAAAGAAUACACUAUUUCAAUUCGACGGCGCUGGAACUACGAGAAUAAUUGUGCCGCUAUUAUUUGUUACGUAUCUACAGGACUUGCAUCUUCCACCACCCAAUUAACACAACUAAGUGAUGACAUCCUAACAAGUCACCGGCAAGUUGCACAAAAUCUAACUGCUGAGAGUUUCGACGAAAUACUCACAUAUGUUGUCAAUCGGUUACUAAAAGAUUAUCCAGCAUUGAAACGUCUCGAUUCGCUCAGCCUUCAACAAACAGACGAAUCAGCAACCUGCGAUGAACCUGCAACUUCUGCAACGACAUCAACGACUAACAAUCACUUGCCAAAGAAUGCAUCUAUUCCAGCGAUUCACCUUAAAGUCUUCUACCAAGUGACCGCCACACCGUCCGUUGAACUACUCCUAAACACUCUACAAGACUUUAGGACCAAAGUAGCUGACACCGCCGAAAUAGCCUACACUGUUCUUCCUGCUUGCAGUUUGCAUAACUUUAGUACAUUUUUAUCGAUAUGUGGUAUACGACACGAGUAAAUUUUAUCAUUAUAACCAUUUUCUUUUUGUUAAAACUUAUUCUAGUGCAUAAGACUAAAGAAAGAAAAACCAGCCGAUUGUUAUUGUUUGAAAUAACUUUUUGCAUAAUUAUAAUUAUUAUUGUUAUACAAAAAUAUAUAUACAUACAAAACAAACAAAUUCUGCAAAAUAAAAAGUUAUAUAAAAACGAUUUAAACAACUGUGCAGCAGCAUGAAAGUAACUUUCAAUGUGUCAGAAUUAAAAACUAUUAAAAAUUUAUCCAUUGUUACAGUCACUAAAAAAAUAUAACGUAUGCAUGUAUAAGUUAAAUAUUUUUUUCGUAAGCUUUUUAAUAAAAAAAUAUGUUAAAUAUUAUAUUUAAACAAAAUCAA